CGACCUCAUAUUACUACUACCAUGUCUCAAGCUUUGAUCCACGCUGCCAAACUGAAGCCCGAGAUUCGUUUAGCGCAAGCUAUCUCUGAUUAUGGCGCCUGCCUCGAUGCCCAGCAGCGGGUGUCUUUCAAGAAUAUCCAGUCCAGCGCACUCCCCAAAGGCAUCGACGUGGUCAAAUUUACCGAAGAGCUAAAUCGGGAUGGCCUUCACCAACAUAAAUCAUGGAAGCCCUACAGUACUCGGCUCGUAAGUAUACUAGAGCGCAUUCAGAUUUACGCCGGAGACAUUCUCAUCGGAGGAUCCCAAAACCUCAUUGCUUGCGGCAUGUGGGCGACUUUUCGAGUGACUCUUCAAGUCGCUAUUGGAUUUUUAAACUACUUUGAUAAACUAUCUAUAUUCUUAAUGAGGAUUGGAAGACUUUCGUCUAUACAAGGCGAACUUGUCAACGUUUUUUCCACCUCUUCCGAAAUACAACAGUCCAUGUGCGAGUACCUUAUUAUAAUGGCGAAUCAUGUCGGUUCAUUUGACGCCGAGUUCCAGCCCUUCAAGGAAGAACUCCAACAUUGGGCGUUAGUCAUUGAGAAGAAAGUACAAGUGCUCACAUCGCAAUCACAGGCCUCCUCGGAGACGAUAUUUAGCAAGUCUUUUUCAUUGUUUAAACGGCGCGACCUUCAUGAGGAAAGAAAAAUUUUCCUCCAGUUCCUAGAUGAUCUCUCCCCAGACCAGGCACGCAUUGACCUCAACUGGAGACAUCAACGUAAAAAGGGAACCUGUAGCUGGAUUCUACAGCAUGACGAGUAUCUUAUGUGGAAAUCCGAAACUUAUUCAACAACACUACUCGUAUCCAGGCACCUUGGUAGCGGGAAAACUGUGGUCCUUGCUAAUAUCGUCGCGGACUUAGUCCUCACUUCAACCGAAGCUGGAACGGAAACGCCGCUGGGAGAAGUCAAAGAGGAGAAAAACAAUCUCGUGGCAUAUUUUUUUUACCAACCGGGUUUCGCGUCGGAUUCGCGCACAGUUCUAGGGAGCAUAGCUCGUCAAUACUUCGAGCAGGGUGGUAUAACUGGAGCCAGAGUUCAACAGAUUUCAAAAGAACUUCGCAUCAAAACGCUACGCUUCGCCGAAAACGAUGACUUUGUUCGUUUCAUGGGUGCAUUUCUUUCUAUGAAACGCUACUACGUUCUGUUGGAUGGCCUCGAUGAAUUCUGUGGACCGGAUACAGAAGAAGUCUUGAUGGGAUUAUCAAUGCUUGCGAAGCAACGUCAAAUACAUAUAUGUGUUUCUAGUCGGCCAAGAACAAUAUUUGAAAGUCGAAUUGAGCAGUUGACACAACCGGAUCAUAGAAUCCCAAUGACGACCCCUGCCCGCUUCGCGGAAAUCGAGGAUUAUAUUGGCCGAGAAAUCCAGGAGCGAAAGCAUAUUCACAUGCUUGAUGAAACACUAGAGAAGAUAAUUCGAGACAGGCUCGUCAACGUGGCCCAGGGAAUGUACCUAUGGGUUGCUCUUCAGCUGGAAGCUGUCCUGCCUCGAUACCAAAAACGUGCAAUGAACGAAGUCGAUUUGAUCCAAAGAUUGAUAGCGUUACCCGACGAACUCCCACGGAUAUUUGACGAAGCCCUAGCGCACAUAUCGGACACGCGAUAUGGCUCGCGAAUUUUCCAAUGCACUACGGCCGCGCGCAGACCAUUGACGCCGACACAACUACGAGUCGUCCUGAAUGUCGAACCGGGAAAUGAUGAAUGGAACCCCACAACCAUGAUCCUUGAUAGUCCAGAAUGGGUUGGGUAUUGUGCCGGAGGCCUCCUCGAAGUCGAAGAAAGUAACAUAGUGCAAUACAUACACCAUAGCGUGGAGUUCCAUUUGAUUAUCGAUACCUAUUCAGUCAAGACCAACCCUUACUGCUUCACGAUGGAUGUGGCAGAUCAGCUUAUGGGCUCCAUAUGCGUCACAUAUCUCAACUAUUCGUUUUUGCAGGGAAGAAUGAUCCGCUACAACGGUAGAGUUCGAGUGACACAAGAGGACGUCGAUCGUACACUCCGAUCUCUACUCGCUUCUAGUUUUUCCGCGAAACUUAUAGCUCGGGUCAGGAGAAAAAGAAUUCCGGAAAGCAAUAAUGUCGACAUUACUCGUGUCAUACAAAGCUACUCCCAGAGAAAAACAAGGGAACAAAUGGAUGAAAUAAGCUCAUUCCAUGACUAUGCGAAGCAGGAAUGGGAAUUUCACACAAAAAUAUACCCAUGUAAAGAGCUUGGUUGGCGUAUCGUUUGUUUAUGGUUCAACCUUCUGUCGGGAAAAUGGACCAACUCGACCUUCAGUACAGACCUAGAUCGUGGCUUCACUAGAGAAGACAUGAUCGAACUUCUCCAAAUAGUUUCUCAGCCUCAAUUGCGUGCGAUUCUACUCCAAAAAGUUUCCUACGACGCCUUUCCAGGAAAGGUUUUCGAGCUUAGCGAUCCGGGAUUACAUGCAUCCCAAUUUUUAGAAGAUUUCGCACCGAGAGAACCAGCUUUAUUACAAGGACUUCCCUACAACGCCUAUCCAGAAAACACUUUCGAGGUUGGUAGCCCAGAAGUUUCCGAUUGA